UUCUCACCCCACAGGACAGCUUUGUUAGCAGCACCCAUCCCAGCCGGCGCCAUGGCGGGAGCGUCCGUCAAAGUGGCGGUGCGCGUGCGGCCCUUCAACUCCCGCGAGAUGAGCCGGGAGUCCAAAUGCAUCAUCCAGAUGUCAGGAAGCACCACCACUAUCCUGAACCCGAAGCAGCCCAAAGAGACACCCAAAAGCUUCAGCUUUGACUAUUCCUACUGGUCCCACACCACGCCUGCAGACAUCAAUUAUGCAUCUCAGAAGCAGGUGUACCGUGACAUCGGCGAGGAGAUGUUGCAGCAUGCCUUCGAAGGCUACAACGUCUGCAUCUUUGCCUAUGGACAGACUGGUGCUGGCAAAUCCUACACAAUGAUGGGGAAGCAGGAGAAGGACCAGCAAGGCAUCAUCCCACAGCUGUGUGAGGACCUCUUCUCCCGAAUCAAUGACACAACCAAUGACAACAUGUCCUACUCUGUGGAGGUGAGCUACAUGGAGAUCUACUGCGAGCGGGUGAGAGACCUCCUGAACCCCAAGAAUAAGGGGAAUCUGCGGGUGAGAGAGCAUCCCCUCAUGGGUCCCUAUGUGGAGGACCUUUCCAAGCUGGCCGUGACCUCCUACAAUGACAUCCAGGACCUGAUGGACUCGGGGAACAAGGCCCGCACGGUGGCUGCCACCAACAUGAAUGAGACCAGCAGCCGCUCACAUGCUGUCUUCAAUAUCAUCUUCACCCAGAAGCGGCAUGAUGCCGAGACGGACAUCACCACUGAGAAGGUCAGCAAAAUCAGCCUGGUGGACCUGGCUGGCAGUGAGCGAGCUGACUCAACCGGCGCAAAGGGCACAAGGCUGAAAGAAGGAGCAAACAUCAACAAGUCCUUGACCACACUGGGAAAAGUCAUCUCUGCUCUGGCCGAAAUGGAUUCGGGGCCAAAUAAGAACAAGAAGAAGAAGAAAACAGAUUUCAUCCCAUACCGGGACUCAGUGCUGACCUGGCUGCUAAGGGAGAACCUGGGGGGCAACUCCAGGACGGCCAUGGUCGCUGCGCUCAGCCCUGCUGACAUCAACUACGAUGAGACGCUCAGCACAUUAAGAUACGCCGAUCGCGCCAAGCAGAUCCGCUGCAAUGCUGUCAUCAACGAGGACCCCAACAACAAGCUGAUCCGGGAGCUGAAGGACGAAGUGGCCCGCCUGCGUGACCUUCUCUAUGCCCAGGGGCUCGGGGACAUCAUUGACACCCACCCUGCUGCGGGAGGAUCCAAAUAUGUGUCCGACUUUGAGAACAAUAAUGGCACUAUUGGGACAGAGCUGAGCCAACGCCAUGACAAUCUCUCCACAGUGACCAACGCAAUUGCUGGCAUCAGCCCCUCUUCCUCCUUGUCGGCUCUCUCCAGCCGCGCAGCCUCUGUUGCCAGCCUCCACGAGCGCAUCAUGUUUGCUCCAGGCAGCGAAGAGGCUAUUGAAAGGCUCAAGGAAACAGAGAAGAUCAUUGCUGAGCUGAAUGAAACAUGGGAGGAGAAGCUGCGCAGGACAGAGGCGAUCCGGAUGGAGAGGGAAGCCUUGCUGGCCGAGAUGGGGGUGGCCAUGAGAGAGGAUGGAGGUACCCUGGGUGUUUUCUCUCCAAAAAAGACGCCCCACUUGGUCAACCUGAAUGAAGACCCGCUCAUGUCUGAGUGCCUUCUCUACUACAUCAAGGACGGGAUAACCAGGGUUGGCCGGGAAGAUGCAGAGAAGAGGCAGGACAUUGUUCUCAGUGGGCACUUCAUCAAGGAAGAGCACUGCCUUUUCCGCAGUGACACGAGGACCAGCGGUGAAGUGAUUGUGACCCUGGAGCCUUGUGAAGGCGCUGACACCUACGUGAAUGGCAAAAAGGUGACGGAGCCCAGCGUCCUGCGCUCAGGAAACCGGAUCAUCAUGGGGAAGAGCCAUGUCUUCCGCUUCAACCACCCCGAGCAGGCCCGGCAGGAGCGGGAGCGGACGCCGUGUGCUGAGACACCUGCUGAGCCCGUGGACUGGGCCUUCGCCCAGAGAGAGCUGCUGGAGAAGCAGGGCAUCGACAUGAAGCAGGAGAUGGAGCAGAGGCUUCAGGAGCUGGAGGACCAGUACCGGCGGGAGAGGGAGGAGGCAAAUUACCUUCUGGAGCAGCAGCGACUGGACUAUGAGAGCAAACUGGAGGCUCUGCAGAAGCAGAUGGAUUCUAGAUAUUACCCUGAAGCCAAUGAGGAAGAAGAAGAACCUGAAGAUGAAGUGCAGUGGACGGAGCGGGAGUUCGAGCUCGCCCUCUGGGCCUUCAGGAAGUGGAAGUGGUACCAAUUCACCUCCCUCCGUGACCUGCUCUGGGGCAAUGCCAUCUUCCUCAAGGAAGCUAACGCCAUCAGUGUGGAGCUGAAGAAAAAGGUGCAGUUUCAGUUCGUCCUCCUGACAGACACGCUGUAUUCACCUCUCCCUCCUGACCUGCUGCCUCCCGAUGCCGCCAAGGACCGGGAGAAGCGGCCAUUUCCCCGCACCAUCGUGGCCGUGGAGGUGCAGGACCAGAAGAACGGGGCAACGCAUUACUGGACUCUGGAGAAGCUCAGGCAGCGCCUGGACUUGAUGCGUGAAAUGUACGACCGUGCAGCAGAAGUGCCUUCGAGCGUCAUCGAGGACUGCGACAACGUGGUGACCGGCGGAGAUCCCUUCUACGACCGCUUCCCAUGGUUCAGGCUGGUUGGCAGUUCAGAUAUCUCUGGCUGCAACAGCUCUCCUCUUUUCAACACAUGCAUGAGCGAGCGCAUGGCUGAUCUCACCCCCUCCCCUACCUUCUCGAACCCCGACUCCGACAUCACCGAGCCUGCUGACGAGCAGCACGAGGGGCAGGAGGAGGAGGAGGAGGAGGAGGCGGAGGACCUGGAGGAAGACAUCUUUCCGGAGUGCCCGCUGUGUGAUGGCCGGGAUCCGUUUUACGACCGCUCCCCCCUGUUCAGUUUAGUAGGAAGGUUGGUGAGGUUUUAGGAGAGCAUGCUGGGAAGGAACUAGCUCUUUCGCAUGAGGGAACUGCUUUCUGGCACGACCCCCACCUCCAGGGCGUCCCGUGGGCGCAGGGGUGGCCGGCGGGUCGGGGCCACCGAGGUAGGGCUGUGACAAACACAGCAGCAAGGGCACAGGGCGAGCGCGAGACCCCUGCUUUGGGCAGCCCCC